AUUAUUACAAAAUGCAUGUAGACUGAUGUAACUUGUAAGAGACCAUUCUAGAAGCCGAGCGAACGAGUAGGUGUCCUUGUGCGAAGUUGUGUUUACCUCAAGUUGGUUCGACGCAGUACUGGUGUGUUUCUUUCACGACGUGUUGUGAACUGCUGGUAAUUGUUCUUCGAUAUUAACGCCAGGAGCGUUGAAAAGGCCAGGGAAGAGAAAGAAAAGGGGCGAAAGAUCUAGGGGAAACGGUAAGAGAAAACAGACAUGCUGGUGACCAGGCUGGUAGUCCUGCCCCUGGGGCGGCUGGCCACACAGAUCCCGUCCCGAGUGGCCCAGACCACCCCCCUGCGGUCAGCGGGGCUGAGAUUCCUGACCGGCUCCCCAUUCACGGUCAGGUCCCAGACCAUGGCCACGCGGGCUCGAGCCUUCAAGUCACGGGUGGGAGCAAGAGAGGCGGACAGUACUACCUCUGUAGCACGGGGAAUGGCAGCGAUUUCCAUUGGCCAGGGGGCAGCAGCAGGCGCGGCCCUGUUCGGCAUCGGUGCCCUGUGUUACUACGGACUGGGACUAUCCAGUGAACCAGGGGCACUGGAGAAGUCUGUGAUGUGGCAGGACUAUGUGAAGGCGCGGAUCAGGGACACCUACAUGUACUUCGGCGGGGGGAUCGUGGUGACAGCAGCGACGGCCGCCGCAGUCUUCAGGAGCCCCGCCAUGCUCAACCUGGUCGCUAAGAACUCCUGGCUGGCCAUCGGAGCCACUUUCGCAGCGAUCAUCGGAACCAACAUGAUCACCCACUCCAUUCCCUACUCCCCAGGCUUCGGGGCUAAGCAGCUGGCCUGGCUGACACACGCGGCAGUGAUGGGGGCCGUGGUCGCACCCCUGUGUUUCAUCGGGGGACCCAUCCUGAUGCGAGCAGCCUGGUACACUGCCGGGAUCGUGGGAGGUCUGUCAGCUGUUGCAGUGUGUGCUCCGAGUGAGAAGUUCCUGAACAUGGGCGGACCACUGGCCAUCGGGUUGGGUGUUGUCUUCAUGGCUUCCAUUGGAAACAUGUUCAUCCCCCCGACGGGAGCCCUGGGUCUGGGCCUGUACUCCAUCAGCAUGUACGGUGGACUCAUCCUGUUUGGAGCCUUCCUGCUGUACGACACGCAGCACAUCAUCAGGAAAGCAGAGACCUACCCCCUCUACGCCGCUCGACCUUACGACCCUGUCAAUGCUUCUCUGAGGAUCUACAUCGACACACUCAACAUCUUCAUCAGAAUCGCCACCCUGCUGGCCGGUGGAGGGAACAAGAGGCGCUGAAUUUACGGAGAGGCUGAUCCAGACGUGCUGAGGCCUAGGGAAAAUGUUGUGUUGUUGGUUACUCCCCAACCCUAGCAAAAAUCCCCCAACCCUAGCCUUUUAUUAGUUGUCUGCCAACGAGAGAUAUAAAAUUUUUGAUCUGUCAUAAUAGUGCGUUAUCCACCAGACUCUUUAGCAGGCUGAAUAAAUAGUAGAAAUCGGCCCCAAAAUAAUGUUGCUGGUCAGGGGUGUUGGUCGGCCAUAGAAGGUCCAGUUUGCCUGCAUAGAACUGGACCCUCGUAGCUGUAUAGCCAACCAACUCCCCUGGACAGCUACAUUCUCUUUUUAGGCUGAUUUCUACUAUUUAUUCAGCCUGCAAAAGAGUCUGGUGGAGUCUAGUGGUGUGUACUGAUACAUAUACUGAUACACAAACUGAAACGAGUCAUAACUCAGGUCAUAUCAUUUUGGUUCAAGUCUAAGUACCAGUGUACUGAUACAUUUCAGUGUUAUAUUAACUCUAUUUGUUGGAUCACUUUAGCCAAGAUGUAAACAAAACAAAGAUUUUACAAAAGUGAAUCCCUACCAACCGACCCUAAAUUUCUCUGGAACAUCAUUACAGGAAACACAACAUUAAUUUUCCUAGGCCUGAGGAGAAGAGAUUAUCGUCUGAUUUUAUCUGUGACUGACCUGCAACAUACAAUGUCAUGUAUUUAUAUACAAAAUGCUUUCCACCAAUAUGGCUUGGUUAUAAGAUAAUUUUGAAAAGUAUAG